AUGUGGCAAUCGAACCCGAAUCCUUUUUCAAAAUCUGAACCACCUGAAUGGCGCCGUUAUUCCCAAGAGGAAAAUCAGAUUAUUGAAAAAGCCUUCAUGGGCCAACAAACGUGUGCUGUUUUGAAGAAUUAUUUCAUUGACUUUCAACAGAAUAUACAAAUCUCGAUUAGUGAUCCCUCAAAACGAAGACCCGUCAAGCGAUUGAAAAACAAUGAAGGUUUAGAUCACGAAACGAUUGAAGGGCAGGAUGGAAGGCCUGGGAAGUACCUCGAAUUACGUCCAUAUGCAGAUAUUGCUGUACGGCAGAUGGAUGCGCGUGUAAUCAUUAUGGAAGAUCAGCACUGUGCAACUCGUCUGAAUAGUCCAUUAAUGGAGAAAAUACCACGUCCCCCUUCUGGUCGCCCUGCUCCUCGUCCAGCUCUUCGCAUACCGAGGCGACAUCAUCAGUUAUAUAAUCCACGCUUGCUCGGUGACCUCGAAAAGGAGCCUAAACAACUGCUUCAGCCUAUCACCGGAUAUGAACAUUAUCCCCCAGUGUCACUUGAAGAAGCGUGUGAACCUCUUGUUCCUUUCAUUGAAGAUAUCGAGCGACAUGCAUGGAUCGCGAAACAAAACUGUAGCAGUUAUUCACUAAUAACGUCUUACUGUUAG